AUGUUUGGAGGUCAGAAUAAAGGAUUUGGGACCACCGCGACAACUACUGGAGGUGGUAUGUUCGGUCAAGGAACAAGCGCCUUCGGUGGUGGCAACGCGUUCGGAACCGGAGCUGCAUUUGGCAAUACUGCAACUCCAGCAACUAACACUGGCAUGUUUUCAAACACUCAAACCGCCGGUUUCGGGACUGGCACCCAACAGGGGUCCAGUAUUUUUGGCGGAGGAAGUAGUGGUGGCACAGGCUUUGGUUCUGGAACAGGAUUUGGAACGGGGACAGCUUUGAGCGGCAACGUUCCACCCCCUAGCGGAACUGCAAAUCCGCCUUUCAAUGCUUAUGAAGAAAAAGAGCCCAGCUCCUCGGUUACAUGUCACUACCAAAGCAUAAGCUGCAUGCCGCCAUAUCAGAAAUACUCUUUUGAGGAACUCCGCGCAGCAGACUACGAUCAAGGACGGAGGUAUGGCAACGCCAGCGGCCAAGCUGGAAGCUUUGGCGCUGCUGCUUUUGGCGGUUUCCCACAGACUGCCACCGGCUUCGGCACCCAAACCUCAAGCAAUCCUUUUGGUGGUGGGACUGCUUCAAGCGCUCCUCCAGCUUUCGGCCAGACAGCAACAUCUGGAUUUGGUACUACCUCUACCCCAAACCCAUUGUUUGGCGGGACGAAGCCGGCCACCUCGAUGUUUGGCCAGACUCCAGCAUCCCAGCCAGGCACGUUCGGUUCGUCGAUAUCAAGCGGUGGAGGAUUUGGUGCAACGACUGGUACGGCUUUUGGUGGAGGUAAUCUUUUCAACAAUCAGCAAACUAAACCUGCAUUUGGUACUGGUGCUACUGGCACUGGAUUGGGCGCAUUCGGUCAGCCCGCUACAAGCGGUACCUCCGCAUUUGGAGGAACUACAGCAGCCUCUUCUCCAUUCGGCCAGGCACAGCAAGGGGGAACUGGGUUUGGUGGGUUUGGUCAGGCUCAGCAAACACAACAAAAUAAACCGGCAUUUGGAACAUUCGGAAACACCACACAGCAACAACAACAACAGCCAAGUGGGGGAAAUGCCUUCGGAGCAACUGGAACUACAGGGACUUCGGGUUUUGGAACCAGCCUUGGCCAACAAAGUGGCACCUCGUUGUUUGGUGGACAGCAGGCUUCUACUCCGUCAAAUCCAUUUGGUGGUCAGCAGCAACAACAAGAACAAAAACCAAAUAUGUUCGGCGGCCUGGGAACCGGAACUUCGACCACUGGCACUGGCGGGUUUGGAUUCGGCACUCAAAACCAACAACAAGGAUCCAAUUUGUUUGGGGGCACAAAUCAGCAACAGCAGAAGCCUAGCGUUUUCUCCCCUUCAACUGGGCAAUCUGGUGGCCUAUUCAAUACAUCAACCGCGACCCCUGCAUCCGCUGGUGGUUCUAUAUUUAACCUUGGUGGUAAUAAUCAAACUACGCAACAGCCCGGCGGUGGUUUGGGUUUGGGCUCUUUGGCUGGUGGAAGCAUGUUUGGACAGCAACAACAGGCCCAACAGCAGCCUCAAACCAACGGUCUACAAGCUUCACUUCUGGAUGGCAACCCGUACGGCAAUCAGUCUAUUUUCUCCGGUCUACCUACGCCGAACGCACCUUCUCCAGGUCCCUUGGCGACACCACUAUCAGCGAGUAUUAAGCAAAAGCAGCGGACGCCGUUGCCCAUGUACAAAGUUUCUCCUAAUGCUGCUAACCGUUUGAUCACGCCUCCAACUCGCCAAGGUUAUGGAUUCUCUUAUUCUACUUACGGCACCCCGUCGAGCUCGGCUGGCACGCCAGGGUUAGGUAAUAGUUUCCUGAGCAAAAGCCUCAACGGAGGAAGCCUCGGGCGAAGUUUCAGUAAAAGCCUUUCGUCAAGCAACCUUCGCAGAUCCUUCGAGCCAGAAACAGAUAGCAUCUUAUCUCCCGGUGCAUUCUCCCCAGGAAGCUCACGUUAUUCAGGCUCAAAUUUAAAGCGCUUGACAAUCGAUCGCAGUCUUAGGACUGAUUUAUUCUCACGCUCCACCCAACCUCAUACGACGAUUAUGAACGGUGAUAGCACUCCUUUACAGUCGAGUAAGCUCAAGAAGAGAGUUAGCUUCGAUUCACCUGAUAAAGACAAAGAAGAUUUGGGUGACAAAACAGAUAAAGCUCUCGUUCCGUUUGAGAGCCAUACUCCUGAGCCGACACCGGAAGAGUUGGGUUUCCUGCGUUCAAGAAGGGAAAAGCCUGCUGCUCCUGAACCAAAUGGAGUGAAAGAUGUUGAUGGUGUGAACGGCUCUCCUGGUGCGCAGACUGCUUCAGGCUCCAACAGCCAACCUGAAAUGGAACAGGUUCGUGGAAAAGAACUCGCUGUAGUCCCGGAAGCCCAGGAACAAGAAGAUGCUGCCACACCAGAUCAGUCUAAGACGGCGAAAGUUCCAGACCGCGAUCCCAGACCUGGAGAAUUUUGGAUGAAGCCUUCUCGGGAAGAAAUCAGCAAAAUGACUCGCGAGCAACAGAAGCAGGUAUCAAACUUCACCGUGGGCCGCGCGAAUUGUGGGAGUGUUACAUUUAACAGGCCUGUCGACCUCACGACCGUCAAUCUAGAUGACGUGAUGGGUAAGAUAGUCAAGAUCGGAGUACGUUCUAUUACUGUAUACCCUGAGGACGUUGCAAAGCCUCCAAGAGGGAAAGGUCUCAAUGUCCCAUCCACUUUGGUAAUUGAGAACUCCUGGCCACGAGGCCGAGACAAGAAGGCUCCGUCUCCUAUUACUAGCGGUCCCCUCUUCGAUAAACACAUUGAACGUUUGAAGCGCGUUACAAAUACCGAGUUUGUUGAUUAUUGCAAAAAAACUGGAGUAUGGACUUUCAAAGUUCCACACUUUACGACUUAUGGGCUUGACUAUGAUGAUGAGGAUGAAGGUGAGAAUUUUGAUCAAAGCACUAUGAGUGCUCAUCCUGACAUGGUCACUCCAAAGGCUCAAACACCGUCGCAUCCUUUCGGCUCCGAAUUUAAUGACUCAACAAUUAACGUGGACGACUCGUUCGACGAUUCAAUGAUCGGGGUGGAAGAUGACACAUUCGAGUUUAAGAAGAGAGGUUUGGUUCCCGGUGGAUUUUCCAACCAAAACACUGUUGGCAAGUCAGUGUCUUUCGAAUCAGACGAAGAUCAGGCAUCUUUUUUAGGGGAAGGCUCCGUGGGUUCGGGUUCUGAAAAUGACUCCAUCGAAGAAAGCGAUCGUAGCGCUAUUACAUCAGAACCAGAAUCGGACAGGGACGAGACAAUGGGUAUGGCUGGUGCAUUUCCCGUUCCUGACUAUACCGCGGAGCAAUACAUUCCACCAGUCAGUCCCCAAAAAGCAAAUCUCGGACAUUCACGAAUUGAGUCCCUUGAUGAUCUACAUUUAAAUUUGAGUGGAAAUUGGGCAGAACAGUUACAGCGAACUAUAAGUCCACGAAAACAAGACCGACAAGCACUACGCGAAAUCCAAAAUGAUGUGUUUGCCGAUCGACAUGAUCCAGACGAUACUCCCAAGGCGAAGCCUUUGAAUAGCAAGGACCAUGGAUUCGCUACAAGCAUUGAUCUCAUGAAUUCGCUUUUCCGGCCCAAGCAAGCUAGUCCGCGGAAAGCUCAAGUAGGGAAGGCCAAGAAAGGUUUCGAGGUUUGA